AUGCCCCUCAUGCGUCCUUCGCCCUUAGGUGCGUACCAAGCACGAUGACCUCAACGCGUGUAACAUAAUAAGCGUUGUGUUUUGAUUUUGUUUUGUUUGAUGCUGCGGCCUCAACUCCCUUCACAUUCAGAGCUCGCAGUCGACAGUGGCCUUAGUCGUUUCAAGCAACGCAUGAAGAGAGUCUGUCUUACUUGACGUAAGUCAACAAGUAAGUGAGCUUCGGGCUUCUAAUUAAUGUUGAUAUGUACACGUCCCCCACCUGCGUUUUCAUUAUUCUCCUAAAUUACUUGAGGUAUCUCAUAAAAGCAUAAACUAAUCCGUCAAUGACUCUCUUGAUGGAACCCUCCACAACGUCAACCCGAAGCAGAAAGACAUAUUUAUGGAUGCGCAGUCAUCAUACCGUUCCUAAUUUUCCGAUCUCUUCCAAAGCGCCCAUUUCUGGAUCUUGCCUGUGGCGUUGUUCUCACGUUCACGUCUGAAACCAGUGAUGCAACUAAAUGAGCUGCUUGACUCCUAGGCAAGUUUAACGGAUUCAGUUGGUAUUGCAGUAGAUGUGCUAACUCACGAAAUGUUAGCCGAAAUUCGGCAACGCGUUUUCGACUCGAACAGAUCACCUAAGUAGAGUUUUAAUAUUAAUCACCGUACAGCAUAAUUCCACAAUAAUUCAGUUGCUUCAGGAUGCCGACUUUUGAAUGAACUUCUUUCCGGCCACCUGCAAAAACUAAACUCUGCAAAAAAUGACUACUUAAUUUGCAUGAAAUUUUCUCACCGAUUUUAAAUGCUUUCAUAUAUUCAAAUAUAUUUCAUAGAAAAAAUGCAUAAAUUUUAUGAAAGCCUUUACGGUUUCCUCCUAAUCACGUAGAGGAAGAAUAGAUAUUCUUUUAAUUCCUUGGUGGAAACUUACGUCUUCUUCAAAAUCUAUAUCUGAAGAAAGGUAUAAUUCGGUUUUAAAAAACUUUUCAAUUCCAGAAUAAUUUUAAAACCGACAUGCUGUUACACUUUCAUUCAGGGUUUCCAAACUACAAGCUGUAUAUUUUCCGUGUACGGAAAGUCAUAUAUUUCUCUACGUGAUUAGGAGGAGACCGUAAAGGCUUUCAUAAAAUUUAGCAGUAGAUGUGAGCGUACUGUAAACAUUACAAGAAACAUUGGUAAAUGCACUGACAGGAUGUUUUAUGAACAGGCAUUUCGCGGUUUUAAAAAUUCUUAUAAUUAAGAAAUUUUUAUGACCGGACCGUAUCCUUCUUUCAAGCAUCAAAUUUGAAUCAAGCGUAAUUUCCUACCGAAUGAACAAAAAAAUGAAUAUUGUUACGCAUGUUUUCUAUGAACUAUAUUCAAAUUUAUAUGGGUAUUGACAAUCAAUAUGAAAAACUCAUGCUAAUCACGUAGUCAGACUAUGCGGAGUUUAGUUUUUGCAGGCAAUCGGAAAGAAGUUCAUUCAAAAGCCGAUAUCCUGAUAUAACUGAAUUAUCAUGGGAUUAUGCUGUACGGCGAUUAAUAGUGCGACUCUACUUAAGUGAUCUUUCCGAGUCGAAAACGCAUCUCAGAAUUUCAACUAAUAUUUCAUGAGUUAGCACAUCUACCGUAUGCUGUGAAACCUCCUUUUACCACUUGAGGCCUGUGUGACGUAAUACCACGAUAUUUAUAAAGGUCAGUUUGUGCUAUCCUUGUACAUUAAAAGGUGUAUUAAUGGAAUGCCUUCAGAUCGUUCGGAAUGAAACUUUAUCGGUUCGCUCUGAAAGUUGAUGUGAAUAUUUGGGCCGAAGUCCACCAUCUACGGUGGGACGACCGAGCAAUAUUCAUAAACUGUCAACAUGCAGUCAGUAGUACAAAAAUGAUGCAUGAUUUGCCAAAGUGACAGCACAGGUAAUAGCUUACAGUCAAAACACGUGUUUCGCCGUUUUGCUGCGGCUGCAUGACAGAACUACGAGGGGUUGGGCUAAUCAAUGGCCCCCCCAGCACUCCCCAUGUACCUUAUGGCAUAUGCUACCGUCUUGAGAUUUCGACUCUUCAAUUUUCUCAAAGAUUGACGCGUUAGCUUGAAGUAACUCGAGCCGGAUGAGGCUGUAUAGGCUCAGUCAGAAAGUUUGCUAUGAAUGCCUAAGCCGAAAUCCAUCAGCUUCAACGGGAUAACCGCGUAAUAUUCAUAAGCCCCCAGCGGGCAGUCAGUGGUACACACAUUUUGUAUGAUAUUUCUUGACUCGGGGGUUAGACGUCAACUCCAUGGGACCUGUUUGACUACCAGUGGCAAGUAGGCCAGAGUCAGCCAUUCUAAUCAUCGUUGCCUUUACCAGCGCGACCUCACAAGAAGAAAUCAUGCAGCAGUCUUGAUGUGCAUUACAGCAUUGUUAGAAAAUAUUCGGCAUGAUGUGGUUUGGUAGUCCCACCUGGUGGACAUAAUAGUGUUGGGGUUAGAGUUAGGGGGCAGGGUUAGGGGUUAUGGUUAGCGUCUAGGGUUAGGGGUCAUAGUUAGGGAUAAGGGUUAGGAUUAAGGGUUAAUGCAACUAUUUCUCAACCACUUAAAGUAUAGCCGCGCAUCCCCAAUACCUUUUCUUUUGCCCACAACUUCUUGCCCUCGUCGCCUGUGCGUUCCCCGGCCCCAUCUGUAAAUACUCCUAUUAACACCGAUCCCGUAAUAGAAGUGGCUGGGGUUUGUUUACUUCAGGUGGGACUACAAAACCACAUCCGACCAAAUAUUCAAAGACAGGGUUGACAAAAAAGAUAUUAUCUUUAAGCAUGCUUCUCAUACCUCGGUGCAAUGGGGGCUCACAUUUUCACGUAUUGAAAGUUGGGAAGGACCAGCUUUUCGAAUGAAAUUUACAUUGCUAUUAAACUCCAAAUAUUCUUCUGGUCUUGUAGUACUUUAUUUGUUAACCUCAUUGCUAACAUACAUGUCGCACGCUGGACGCUGAAGUCUUCGCCCGCAGUAUAACUUCGGUCAUUACUACUGUCAGUUAUUGUUCAAAUGAUGCUUCACAGAUGCACUGUGCCCCGUCAGACUGUUGAUUCCUGGUGAUUAAUAAUCACUCGGACUGCAAUGCAAACCAUCUACCAGACUUGCUGGAUUUUGCAGCAUGUCAAUUUCCUCAGAAAUUAGCUGUUAACUCUGAGUAACUCAGCCAUUUUGAGGCUUAUAGACCCAGAACGAAAUAUGAUAGGAAUAUAUGGACCGAGGUCCAUAAGUCACGACGGAACAAUUGCGUAAUAUCCAUUAACUGCCAACAGGCAGUCAGUAGUAUACACACAGGUUGCAGAAUAUGCCAUACUGGACAAAACAGAUACUAGCUACAAGAAAAUUUUAUAAACUUUAAUAAGCAGAGCUGCGUCGAAGAAGACGUGCGUUUAUUGGUGUUCAUAAGACCAAUCGUUCACAAACUCCCUUAACGGAUAGAUUAUUUAUAAGUACCUCGAAGGGAAAUCCGAUAUGCUUCAAGCGGAUGAUACGCAGAUUGCACGGAAAGUUUACUGAAGUUCCUGCGGACGCGUUUUCCAUUUAGCGGUACGUAUGUUAGCUCUUUCUUAGACAGAAAAAACAGACUUAAGUUGCUGAGUUCACAUUCAAAAAAGUGUCAUCGUUCAUAUUCAAAUCCGUAUCUCAUCAGUGGAACGCUCGCAUAGUAUAGAAAAUCUACUUCUGGCAAAUGUUGACUGGUGAUCGUUGGCGCGGAACAUCUUUGCAGUGAUACAUUGCUUUUACUGUUCUGAACUCAUACGAAUUCAUGAGUUUCAUGAUGGUACCUUUGUGGGCUAAACUGCAUAGUUCGACAUCUAUUUAUUUGGAUCACCACAUAAAAGCCUGCAAAGAAGUUUUGUUUUGUAUCCACCAAGGAAGAUUCUAUGCAGUUAUUCUGCACAGUUAUUCACAUAUUUAGCAAAUUGUUUCCAUUCGGAUGCUUUAAUGAGAUGUCUGCGACAGGCUGGAUGUCUAUAAAGGAGACUAUAGUAGUCUCAUUUACAGUAGGUGGGCUAACUCAUGGAGUGUUAACCGAAAUUCCGAAAUGCAUUUUCGUUUCGGGAAGAUUACUUAAGUAAGAUUGUAAAACAGAUCAUCUUGCAGGGUAAUUCUGUAGUAAUUCGGUUACCCCAGCAUGCCGGUUAUCGAACAAACUCCUUUCUGAUUGCAUGCAAACACUACAAACAGCAAAAAAUAUUACUUAAAUAGCAUGUAUUUCUCUCAUUGGUUUUCGAUGCCCUUCGAAAUUCAAUUAUAUUUCGUGGAAAACAUGCAUAGAAAUAUUCAUUGCUUUGCUCAUUCUGUAGAAAACUACUUUUUCCAAGUUUAGUCUCGGAGGAAGGGUAGAAUUCGGCUCUAAAAAAUUACAUAUUGUGAGGUUUUUAAUACCGUGAAAUGGCCGUUCAUAAAAUGUCAUAUCUCUGCAUUUACCAAUGGGGCUUGUAAAUUUAACAAUAUGGAUCAAAUCCACUGCUAAAUUUUACGAACACUCUAUGGUCUCCUCUUCAAACCUGUAGAGAAAUGUAUGAUUUUCCGUACGCGGAAAGUACACGCCCUGUAUUGUGGAAACCCUGAAUGCAAAUGUAAUGGCAGGUGGAGUUCAAAAUUAUUCUGGAAUUGGAAACGUUUUUUAAAACUGGAUUAUACCCUUUCUUCGAGUAUCAAGUUGAAAGAAGACGUAAUUUCCUACCAAAUAAGCAAAAAAGGACUGUUUUAUGCAUGUUUCCUAAGAAAAAUGGUUGAAUUCUCAAGGGCUUUGAAAAUCAAUGUGAAAAAUGCGUGCCACUGAAGUUGUAAUAUUUUCAGAGUGCAGUUUUUGCAUCCAGCCCAAAUUAAGCCGGCAUCCUGAGUUAAUCGGGCUAUUAUAGAAUUAUGCUGCGCGAUGGUUAGUUCUACAACCCUACUAAAUUAAUAUUUUCAAGACGAAAACGCAUUUCGAAAUUUCGAUUAACAUUUCAUGGGUUAGCCCGCCUACUGUAUAAACAGAAAUCUCAUCCAACUGACCAAGUCAUCCUCACAUCGAUGCGUAAGGACAUCCAGGAAGGGCAGUUCGUAGUUCCGUUCGCAAGCCACUGUGAAAAUAGGUUUUGGUUCUACCUACUAACUGUAAUUAAAAGGUAACUGACAACUACACUGUUAUUUAAAACCGCAGUUAUAUUGCAGACGUGCCUACUAUGCACGCGAUUUUAAUUUGAAUGCGUUUGCCUCUUCUCGAGAGGAUAAAAAUACGUUAUCCAGGGUCGGAUGACGUAAACUUCCAACGAACACUAAAUGCAUCAAAAUCCCGGAUUAACAGGAUGACAAAGCACUAUUCCCGUGUGUUCAUCAACACAGAUCAGGAGGGAGGACGACUCUGUUGAAUGGUCAGUCUUCCAUAAGAAUUCACAAAAAAGCUAGCAUUUGCAGUGCUUACAGGGUUCAAGCUGUUCAAAUUCAGUUAAACAAUUACAGCUACGGGCUAUUGAACGGAUCGUUCACGAAGCUCCGCUCAUAGUUGCUAGUCAUGCGAAGGUAAUUCUGACAGAGGUGAACAACGAUGUCUUGCUCCGACAUGCCACCUCAACUUGCGCCAAAGAUUUCGCGUGUGUUGUCGAGCAUGAGUGAGCCGAAUGGACGUCAGUGUUAGUCUCGGGCACUUGCGUCUGCUCCGCCAUCCGAAGAUAACCUUCUGGGCUUUCAUUCUCCCCUCUGGCGGCUAGGACAUCGCACAGGCCUUAAGGGCCUCGUACAUACUGUGCUGGAAACCGAAGAGUACAACGGACUGGAACUUGUCCUAACCCUGGUCCUACCACGGCACUUAUAGUUACUUUGACUCACAUCACCCAAGUAUUCCGUUACCCCCUACUUACAGCCCACAUUUAUUCUCUUCCCUGCCCUGUCGCCCCUAGUGAAUAAAAGAUGCCUUUUUAGCAUGACUUUUGCACCAUUCAUUCAUUAAUCGUGCUGUUCACUGACGGUAGUUGAAAAGUUGUUGCGAGUUUUUCGCGGCGUCAGUAAAUUGUUCUCUGCCAAUAGAAGCGAAGAGACGAGUCCCAGGAAGUAGACUUGAAGAAAGAGGCACGAUAGCUGGGACAAGAGCUUUAUCAGCCUGACGUUUCGGAUUCCUGCUCGAACCCAUCAUUACAGACAAAAGCAGAUACGGGUGAUUCAUGCACAAUAAGCUGUAGUAUUUAUAGGAUGCAGUCGCCAAGCUGCCGCAUACUUACGAACAUUCGACGAGAUCCGGCCACACAUUCAAAUUCAACGAGGCCGAAAUUCUCGCAAGAGGUGACAACCGCGUGAGUCGGGGGCUAUUUGAAUUAUGGUUUACUAGCCCCCAGUCCAUUAACAGGUGCAAUGACCUUCCCCUUCCAUACUCGGUGCUAAGGUUUCGCCUAGGCGGAGUAAUUAGUCAGAGCGCAACUGCGUGCUAAUGUGUGCGCGAUAGUCACAUCAAGACCAACCACGCCCAACUUUCUUCGAACCGGUUUCCCCUCCCUCUGGGACAUGCGAAGGAGGAAGGACGGUCAAAACCAUGUUAACAUUAGUGUCACUUUGCUUUUUCAUCAUUUGUCUAAAACGUUCUUGGAAGAUCAUAAGCUGCUGAACUACACUGUACGCGUUUUGUCCCCUUCGAGGCUGAGUGAGUUAGUACUUCCGAUCCCGCAAUCAUGAAGUGGAAUUACAGCGGGCUUCAAACGUCCUCAUUUGCUUUGCCAAAUGAAGAGAAGCCCUCGACUUGCUCUCCACAAGGAGCACUGUGAAAUGGUGUUGCGUACUUUCGAAAGUGUGUAGGUCAGGGCCGGGUCGCGUGUAUGGCAUGCGAAGGCGCGCUGUUUAUUUUCCCACUGUCGGUCACUGCGCCCAAUCCCCGCGUCAGCUGACUGACUGGCUAGAACACUGAUCUAGAGCUUGGGCGAGGGAAGAGAGGCUGACAUCGACUCGCUUAGCACAUAUUCCUGCCUAUAAACCGUCUGAUGCCCUUUUAAACUAUCACAGUGAGCUAGAAGCCGUGCCUCGGAAGGCUGCCAGCCAAUGGGACGGAGAGUCAGACUGCAAUGGUGUCCUUCUUUCUGUUACCUUUAUGGCACUCUUACCCACUUUGGAUCCGAGCCGUCCCCUCCCUUGUUGUGUGAAUUGCUGGUCCUUUGUGCGCGAACCAAGGGGAUGUGGUUGCGCGCUUGGGUGCGGGUUCAGCUGCGUCAGCCACCUGCGUCUGAUCCGCCGCCGGCCUUCUUGGCUCUGCUUUGCCACCGGAUGAGGAAGAAAAAAGUCUGGUAGAUGCUGUUCAACUCCACUAUCACUGUAAACUAAUUUACGACCAAGUCAUUGUCCAUGCGUCUACUCUACUGUGGCGCACACGGUGGGCAUAGUCGGAAUCGACGGUCGAAAUGUCGUUAUGUAGGUCUUGUAAAUCGGUUCCGCAUCAUCGACUGGGGAAGAGCAGCGUAGUCUGGAAGUAUAUGAAGGUUUCAUGCAGAAGGACCUAACAAAUCGAAGGAAAGGCCAAUGAGCUGGGUAGAAGUAGACGAUGAUGUCUCGAAAUCAUUAAACUCAGUCAAAUGAGGAAGAUGGGACUGUGUACUUGUUUUUAUGUAGGUUUUGCCUGACGAAUUGAUGAGACUCUUUAUAUAACAGCAAUAAUACUUAUUUAAUUUUUGUUACCUUAUCGGUAUGGACGUUCGAUGAGGAAUUUGUCUAGCCAAAAAAUGGAAGCGUGGUUGCAGAGUGGUGUUACUAUUUCGCGUUUUUACAUGCUUUACGUGCUUCCUGUUGUCAUUAAAAAUUUUACAUAACUCCUAUCGCUCAUUUCAAAUGUUAUUUACACUUUUUAAUGGUCUCCAUAGAUAGUUCAGACAGAACCUUGCACGAUUACGAAACAGAAAGUUUCUUUACCCCCCAUGAAGAGGACUUUUUAUAGCCCAUCUUUGAUAAAUCUCUUGGACACGCAUGUACCUCCGUGCAAUUUCUCAAACUACUCGGAUGGACUUAAAGAGGAUCAGUAAGGAAGAUAAGCUCGUUUAAUUAAAGGAAACGGGUAAAGGAAACGAUGUCCUUAAGGGAGGGUUUGAUACCAGUUCUACGCUAGGAUUUAAAGCCGCAUCCUUCAACCGCCCUUCGUCUAAACCUGUUCUAAGUGGAGAAGACUUCUACUCUUCACAAGACUUCCCACACCACGAUGACGAGACAGGUUUACGGUGAUGGUGGAUGAGUGUGGGCUAGCUGGUUGGCGACCUGGAUAACCCGUCUACACGUACCACAUACGUGCUACAUUUCGCCUUAGUUGUGGUGCCAUAAACGAUAAAUCCUGCAGCAGUCGGCGCAUUUUCAGCCUUGUUCUAGGGGAGGGCCGAAUUAUCUCCUCAACCGGCAGCCUUCAAAGCCACGAAUUUCACCGCAUCAUAAUAGUCUCACGCGUGAUUAAACUCCCGUUUCCCGGUUGAGAUCUCGUUGCUCAGGUGGUUAAGGCGUCGGUCGUACUCAUGCCUUGUCCUUGCUAUCAUGGGUUCAAAUCCCACCAAGGCUGCUGAUUUUUCACAGAUGUGUCGAACAACUUAUUCAAAGCUGCGAAAACACCACUUUGAUAUCGAUCUCAUUCAAUUCUGCUCGUGUGAAUUGUUGGAAUCUCUAGAAUGACUCGAUUUGACCCGAUUCGAGUGAGCCGUCGCCUAUGGGGGGACACUUAUGUUUUCGAAAGAAAUUUUGGACGCACCCAAUCUCAACACGGUCUCACUAGCUUUCCUAAGUAUAUAUCUCCCCAAAUGGCGGAAGUGUGCCAUUAACGAGACUAUUUUGUUCUGCGUUUGCUCCCGCUUCCCAUUUGGACGGUGGAUAAAAUGCCGAAGGAUGUAAAACUGACUUGAACAAGGAAAGUGCACAAUGUUUUUACUCUUCUUAUUUUUUUUCUUUCAUUUCAGUUCAGCAAAUGGGUCUCAUUAAGAUUCCUCCUUGGUUGAUCGUGCUCUCUUUCUACGCGCGGUACAUCUUUAUAAUCGUCUACCCCCUUAUUCUGUCACCAAUUCUUAUUACACACGAUGGAAAAGUAAGUUCCUAAGCAUUAUUCAUCGUUUUUAUCUCCGCGAAAUUUUUUACGGUCUUUUCUUUUAUGGGGAAGAUCUCCCACAGAUUUGAGCAUCAAGUAGCGAUUUUUCAUGAUAACCAGGCAGUGUUUUUAUAAAUAUUACGAACUUUUUUUAUCACUAAUGCUGUGAAGAUCUUCAAAUCUUAUAUUUAUUGGGAAUUGCCCGUUCAUCAGUUGCUCGUUCACUGACAGUUGAAGGGGAGUAUUGGGAGGAAAGUUUCACACUCUCAUGCAAUGGACAGGUGGGACGUAGCUUUUGAAAUGAAAUUUAGAGGCUGACAGGCCAAACUUCAGAAUCAACAUCAACACGGCAAGUUUGUUAGCUGGAGUCGAGAAGCAGUCUUUACAGGCAUAUUGUGCUACUACCAAAAUCUCUAGCUUGUUAUUAGGUCUUUAAGAAUCAUCGCACUCUGGUGCAGAUACCACCGGUUGCUCUGCUCACUUUUAGAGACUUUAAUAUCGGUCUAUUUAUUAUUUAAAAAAGCAGGAAGAUAAGUCCGGGGAUUUCGAAGUUCCUGUAUUUGUUAAUAGUCCUCGGCAUAUCAAUCAACAUUUCCUAUAAAUUAUCAUGCUAAUGCCAUGCAUUAAAAUAACAGACUGGUCAAUUACACUCUGCUCAAAUUACGACCUCUAUAUUUUCAUCGACAGGAUGAAAACGGAAGUAGCACCUCAGACGACUGUGCCGUAUAGUUACUACGUUAAAAUUUAGUAAAUAAACCAGAGCGUCUACUGGAAACUCAAAUGGCGAUGCUCAGGGUUGAGCCGCCUUAACAUCAAGCUACCGAAUUCGAUCGGAUUUUGCAUACACAGCAUUUUUGGUUGAUGUGGGCAGAACCGAUUUAUUGCUGAGAGAUUUACUGGCAGGCACCGAAACCUCUCUCAUCGCGCGCAUUGUUGUGCAUUUUGCGCAGACAGCAUAAAAUUGUUGAAGGCAUUUUUAGACUUACACCACGGCCCAGCGAAUCAGCUCGAUCAAUCGACCAGGUAGAUACUUAUAUAGAAUCUCGCAGUGAUAUGCAAGUUCCCUACUUAUAAUUCGGACCCUGGUCCUAUAAAGCCGUCUGUUUGAUACCGGCUGUAAAAGAGGUGUUCGACGGAAGAAUUCCCCGGAAAGUCAUGUCGGAAAAUUGGACUGCUAUUCAUACUUGUUUCGGUUUGGACCUUUCGGCCGGAAUGAGGUUUAUCGAAGGAGUUUGAGAAAAAUCUAGAUGUCCCAAGAACUGUUACUGUCACAUCAGGCUGUACCGAAAUGUUCACAUCUGUAUUCUUCGCUGCCAUCAUCCAAACGCACCCAAGUAUAAGUCGAGGACCUGCGGCUGCAAAUGGGGCUCUUCAGUCUUCGAAAAGUGCAAUCGCUCUAAAAAAAGUUGCCGCUCCUCAACGACGAUAAGGGAUGCCAAGUCUCAUACAAGUGGCGAUAGCCGAUCGUUCCUGGUUCCGACAUUUCCCUUUCACUGGUUAUCUGAUCUGAAAUCAUCACAGACGAUCCCGCAGCUACAUGCAGUCGUUAUUAUAAAAUUAUCACCGGGUAGGCAUGAUAGACUGGAAAAGUCAACAUUGGUACUAUCCGGCCAGUCCCAUGUCGGAGCAUCUAACGCUCGAACUCGGGCUUGCUGCAAUACCCCAGUCUGAAAGAGCUCUCGAACGGACCUCUAUGGCAGAACAGCAUCCUCCGUGUUCUGUCUUGAAAUCAGAAUAGGUCGAUGGACGCGAAGUCCACGCAGGCUGUAAUUACAGUAGGUGGGCUACCUCAUGAAAUGUCAACGGAAAUUCCGUUUUCGUUUUGAAAAGAUUAAUUCAGUAGGGUUGUAAGACUUGUCUUCGUGCAGCAUAACUCUAUAACAUUUCAGAUACCUCGGGAUGCCGGUUUUCGAACAAAAAUCUUUCCGGCCACAUGCAGAAGCCACAAUCUGCAAAUGACUACUUAAUUAGCACGCACCUUUCUCAUCGAUUUUUGAUGCCCUUAAACAUUCAAUUAUAUUUCAUGGAAAGCACGCAUGAAAAUAUUCAUUCUUCCGCUCAUUCGGUGGAAAAUUACGUUUUAUUCCAAUUUUAUACUCGCAAUGAACGGUAAUAUUCUGUUUUCAAAGACGUUUCCGAUUCCCAAAUAAUUUUGAACCCGACUUGCCAUUACACUUGCAUCCAGGGCUUGCAAACUACAAGCCAUCUAUUUUCUGCAUACGGAAAACCACAAAUUUCUCGAGGGUAUUAAGAGGAGACCAUGAAGGGUUCAUAAAAUUUAGCAGUGGAUUUGGUCCAUAUUGCCAACUUUACAAGCCACAUGGGUAAAUGCAGAGACGUGCCGAUUUAUGAACGUCCAUUUGACGGUAUUAAAAAGUGUCACAAUCAGAAACUUUUUUGAAACCGGAUCAUGUGCUUCCUUCGAGUGUAAAAUUGGAAGGGGAUGUAGUUUUCUGCCGAAUGAGCAGAAGAAUGAAUAUUUUAUGUAUGUUUUUCAUUAAACAUAAUUGAAUGAGAGAAAUUCAUGCUAAUGAAGUAGUCAUUUUACGGAGUUUGGCUUUUAGGCAGCCGGAAAGAAGUUUGUUCAAAGACCAUAAUCUUGAGGUUUCCUAAUUAUUAUGCUGCAAAAUGAUUAAUUUUACAAUCCUUAUUAAUUAAUCUUUUCUAAACGAAAACGCACUUCCGAAUUUCGGUUGACAUUUCUUGAGUUAGCCCAUGUACUGCCUGUUUUAGGGGGUAGCAUUUGACGAGCAAACGAUUGCCCGUUUCUCUCCUAUUGGUCGUGUAGUUUCCCAUUUCCCAUGUCUAAGUUUAAAUUUAUACAGGUACACUUUGCUAAUAUUGCUAUAGUUGCUGUAAACGCAUGAUUUUCAUGCAUACGGAGUUCCUUAAGGACAGCUUUUCGUAGCCUGGCGUCAUGCGAGGAGUAAGGAUGUAACAUCCCUUCGUCAGAUAUUCUCCUCCUUCUCCCGCGUCAUGAAAGGGCUAAAAAAUUUCCUUUUCCAGCGGAGUCCUCCACUUGUCAUGUGCCAUGCAUCCGCAAAUCAAGGAGUAAAUAGACACACACAUGCACACACCGUGUCAAGAAGCGCCUUGGAAUUCGUGUGGUGGGAAAUGCCGCUCGGCUUGACUUGUCUAGUCGAAAUUUGACGACACCAGUGCGUGUUUUAGAGAUUUCCUGAUUUCAUUCUCCUCUUAAUGGCUUUCCGUAGAAGCGCCAUUUCAACAAAACAUACACUAUAGGUGUCGCCCUUGUUACUUUGCUGUAGAACUCGAAAGCGGCCUACAUUCUGCUUCUAAUGAGCGGUUUCUGGGUGACCGGCUUCAUUCCGCUCUACGUGACCGCACUCUUUCCAGUUGUCCUUGCACCUCUCAUGGGACUGCUUCCCAGUGCUAUUGUAGCCAAGGCCUACAUGUCGGUAAGAUGGUGUCAAAAUAAAACUUCAAAAUGUUGGAACCAAGGAGGCUAGUAACUUUCCCUUCAUCCCUCUUUCAUACACCAGAGCUCCACCCUCUUGUUCCUCGGCGGUAUGAUCUUGGCAACUGCAGCCGAAAAUACCAACUUGCAUCGCCGCAUCGCUGUCGCCUUCAUGCGUUGCAUGGGUCAUGACGCUCGCCUGUAAGUUUGCGAGUGAAGAACGCUUCGCAGACUGAAUGCCCAAAAUUUGGUGUAACUUGCAGAUGGCGUUGGGGGGAAAGGAGGGGUAGAGUUGCCAACGAAAACGACAUUUGUUAUCAACUUGUAGACAGCUACUUGAGUCCUUCACUGGAAAACUCGGAGAAGCUGGGUCCCCCUUUUGAUUGGCUUGCAAAUGGAUCAAUGAUCUUCAGUGAAAUGUUGCAAACCAGGAGUUUGCGGUGUAUUUCGACUAAAUAUCAUCGAACACUGACGCUAUCCCGAGUAGUAGCGUGUUUGUCUGAUUGUGAGCAUGCUCUUCACAAGGUCGUCAGCAUCCAACUGUCUAAAUUUGUUUGUACUGUCGUAAAUUCUUCUGAUGGACACAGACAGUGGAGAAAUUUAGGGAGCAACUUAGAGAACGAACACAUACCUUUGAAGUUCCUCCUGGCACAGAUUGCAUACUUCUGUUUCAGCAGUGAAGAGAGCUGACGGAUGCCCGAAACAAGUAUUAGUCAGGUAAAUAAAUGGCAUCAAAUAGUUUCGGGACUCUGUCCUCGAGAAGUCAAUAAGUAGAUUUUGAAAAAAAUAGGCGGGCAGAUUUUAACAUCAUUGUAAUCACAUGUAGACUGCAAAUGUGAGUAAAUCUUCAAACCUAGAACAGGUAAACACAUUUGGGAUGCUCUAUAUGGGUAAGAUACAUAUACCCUCAUAGCGUAGAUCAGGGAAGCAACGGCUUACUGUUCGUAAAAACAUCACAGCACUCGUUAGAAGGUUCAAGUUCUCACGAAACAACACGUUCUAGCAGAGCACUCUGCCUCAAUGCUCGGCCGGAGCAGUGGCUGACUCAUUGUUCCUCGAGCAACAGACACGUCAUGUUCGAUGGAGAAUAAACGGCACAGGAGUAAGCACCAAAGAGCAAGUGGAUAGGAUGAAAAUAACAGCACGGGUACUACCAUGCUCUAGUCCACUCUGCACUUUGCAAGAAGGAGGGGGUAGCGAAGGUUUGCGUUCAAAAUUAGAGUAUUAGAAUCUGGGGUUUCUAAAAGCAAGACUGAAAUACACACACACACUCCUGAUCCCCUGAAAUUCAUGCUUACAUGAUCGUUACUUACUUUCGUCGGGUAGACGUCUGCGUUCGAUUAUCGACCUCGAGAAUGAUCCUUUUGGCAGUACAUUCACUACCUUCAUUUCCUUGGACUACGGCGGUUUAGCCGACGUUUGACUGUGUGCCCCGAAAAGCGCGCACAGCUUACUUAUCAGCUCGAUGGCCAUAAAGCCACAACGUAAUGAGGAUAUACUUAAAUUGGUACGGUGAAAAUUUUGAUCAUAAUGAUGUGUGGUUAUAGGGUGCAAGCUUCGCUUUCUUGGGCGAUUCGGGAUUGAGUUGGAAAUACACGGUUUAAAAGUGUGCUCACUAAUAUGCGAUGACAUUGUUGAGGGUUGAUUCUCUUGGCACUGCUUUCACAGGCAUUAUGAACAGCAUUAAGUAAUGGCGUUAAGGUAAUUUUGAGGCUUACAGCGUUCACGGGAUACAGUGGGGUCUGGAAGUUAAUUUCAGGUGGAGGGUAUGGCCGUAUUUCAGUCUGCUUAUUUCCGAUAUUUAUGGUUUGGGUCUCGGCGUGCUCUUCAAAAUAUCUCAGCAAAACCGCCAUGGUUUCAUACAUUCAAAUCGGAAACUGUUCACCUGACACUGCUAUUUAAAACCCCAUGAAGCAAACGAAAGUUUUGUCGUUAUUGAAGGGGGCUGUAGAAUCUUUGUGAUAAAAAAACUAAUGAAUCCGAUAAGACGCUUAUUGGAGGUCCAGUCGGAGAUGGUCAGGGUUGGUCGUCUUAACAUCAGGUUACUGAUUUCGCUCGGAUUUUGUAAUCGCAGCGCCUUCAGUUGGUGUGUAUGUGACUGAUAAAUCGCUGAUCGGUUUAUUUACAGGCACCCGAAUCUCAAUUCCACUCAUCACGCUCACUGUCCCGCAUUUUCUGCAGACAAGGUGUAUAACUGUUGCAAGCGUUUUCGGAUUGAAAGCAUAAUUCAUAGAAUAGACGGUAUGAAAUUAUUCACCUUCGUUCACUCGACCAUCCACCUGAGUAAGUGUGGCGAACUUUGAGGCGAGAAACAGACCCUUCAUUCGCACCUUAGGCCCUGGUCCUAUCCAGCCCUCUGUGUAAAACCGGCUUUUACACCAUGGCACGGUAAAGAAAUGGUGUAUAAUCGGGUGUGCUUUACCAUACAAUACAAGCUACUACGUUCAUUUGAGUAGGCGCUGUCCAACUAGGCUCUUCCUCGCCCUAGCAUACGCCAUGGCGCUGCUUUGGACGGCUGCCAAGGUCUACUAUCCAUUGCUACCAGAAGGCAGAUUUAUCGACCUUCAACCACUAUCAGGGUCAUGCACUCGGGUUCAAUACUCGCGUCCGGUUCUGAAUGACCGACUAUUGUCUGACUGCCAACACGCAAUUAGCUGCGGCUACGCUUCGGUCAACCACAUAGGAUAGACCCAUCUGCCCCUGCUGGCGUCUCCUGUUUCAUUAUGUCUAGGUGACCAAACCGUCGAAUUGCGCCAGUGGAUUGCAAUGGUCAGGGCACCCCUCCCUUUACUGAUAUAUCAGAGAAGUAAAUGCAACCUCAGACUCAAUGGUCCACUCUCCUUGUUUGAUGUUUCGACCGUGGCAUCCGACGAUGUCCACCGUGUGCUCCACAGUAGGGUGUAGCAGGCACGGUGACUUGCGCGUGAAUUAGUUUAUGAUGAAAGUAGACUUGCGUAGUAUCUACCACCCUCUCUCCUCCUUCCCACCCGUGCUCGGUGUCAUGACAUAUUCAAGAAGAUCGGAGGCAGGGAGGGCGCAGGUGGAUGCGCGGCUGAACUCGCACCUCGACGUCCCACUCCACACCCCCUGGUCCACAACAAACAUUUGACCAGGAUUUUGAUCAACAUCAACAACAGAAAGGACGUGGAUGACUGGGCAGCCAUGCAUACGACCUGUAUACCCAGCGGCAUUGCAAAUGCGCCUGUCGUCAGAGAACCCGGCACUUGAGAACUGCCGGUGCAUGCCAGGCUGAAGGCCACGGUUUGCUGAUCAUGGCAUGGCAUGACAUACUCUCAUCAUAGACGUUAGGGGACUAACUUCUUAGAUCAGCCAUUUUCAAACCACUCCUUUUAAAUAAGUCAUUCAUGCCCUAGCCUUCACUUGCUGCAGUGAAUUAGCCCAUUUUGUUUGUCACCUUUUCGGUGUUGAAAAGACUCUAGGGACGGCAAAUGCACGGAAUGGUCUAUGCCAAGUUGCGCGACUAACUGCACUUUCCCAAUUUACUUUCGGUAUAUCAUUGACAUAUCACUUAAAAAACUUCCUAAUUCUAGACUUACACUAGGUGUGAUGCUACCCACCUGGUUUCUUUCAAUGUGGAUGAGCAAUACUGCGACAACUGUGAUGAUGAUUACCAUUGUGGAGGCGUUUUUGACAAAACUGGACGAGGCCACCGGAGGUAAGUAGUGUUUUAAAACUAAGCCAUGUUCCACUGUAUGUGUUGCCUCUUUAACCAUUUUAAAAUUUUAUGCCAGUUUGAGCACAUAAUUGCUCGUAUGUUCCAUCUUCUUACAGUCAGUCUAGGUGGACCGGUCGUGGAGAAUGGGAUGAGGUAUGCUUCAAAGUAAAUAUAUCGCAUUUUAAACGAUAAUAAAAGCGGUGAUAAGGCCUCAGACAUCUCCAUCACGCAUUUCAGAUUGCAGAGAAGGGAUCGAGUGCGCAUUCAACGCUUUUCCGCAGGAAUCAGCCUGUCCGUUUGUUAUGCUGCUAGCUGUGGCGGUAUCGCCACCCUCAUAGGUUCUCCGCCAAAUACAAUCUUUGAUGGACUGGCGAGCAGGUAAAAAGACUCUCCUACGGGAGUAGUCUUAACUAAUUUAUUUUCGUUAAACAUAUCAAAAGUCUGCUAACAGCCAGACAUUAAGUGAUUCGGUGCUGAGGUUUUCCUGAUACGGCCAGGUGAAAUGAAGUCUUUCCUUUCCUGAAUUCAGCCGAUAUGGCGAUGAAAUUCCGUUGAAUUUCGGGAUCUGGAUGGCUUAUGGUCUGCCUAUUUCUCUACUCUGUCUCGUAUCUACUUGGAUUACUCUCUGUUUGGUAUUUCUUGGACCCAGGUAAGUGCGAAUAUCGUUCGUAAAAGGCUGAGCCAAACUACUUAAAAUGAAUUCUAGCACUUGGACACCAUUACCGCUAACAGAACCUCUGCCUAUUCCCCCAGGAACAUCUUCAAGUGCUGUCCGAAGAGAAAUCAUGACAGCUCGGACCACUUCCAGAGAGGAUACUAUGACAAACCAGUCCCAGCAAAAAUAUCGGCCAGAAUGGAGAAAUUAGAACGCACCGCCGGCAAAGAAGAGGGUGGAGAGGCCUCGUUAAAUAUCGCUUCCAUCGUCAGAAGAAUUUCUGAGGAAGAAAGACAGGCUCUAGGUCCUAUGAAGUAGGUAUCUGUAAAAUGACGCUGGUAAUAUUUGCGGAGACCACUUUUAACAUACCCACCGAUCGCAAUAAGUCAGUUAAGCUGAAUGCAGUCCACUUUUUGUAAACAACUCCGUUAUGAAACCAGUUUCGUAGACAAUGGCAACUGUGUACUAUUAGGCUUGAACCCGUGAGCGUCUUCAAAUACACUUCGACUCCUACAAUGUCAUUACUAAUACUCUUGUAUAUUCUGUCCACUUAUUCUAGGUUCGGUGAAGUAGCGUGCACUAUCCUAUUCGUGCUGCUAAUUGCCCUGUGGAUUACAAGGAAGCCAGAUGUGCCCGGAUGGUCUCGUUUUAUGCCGACUGGCAAUGAAUCAAGUGGAAAAACUGUGAUGUACGCUGCAUUUACUCCACUUAAACAGGAUCUGACUCAGUAAACAUCUUAUCGACAGGGACAGGAGAUGUUAAUUCCCUUCCCAUUUGCCGUCAUCGCUUAGGUUGAAAGAUUUGAAUGCCCACGUACCAUCCUUCAAAGAAGCCCUAGUAGCGAGUGAUACUUUCACCUUCCUUCCCACAUCUUCAUUCAGACCUGGCAGUGUGGCCUAACCGGUCGGCCGUGAAGUUAAAUGGGUAGCUAGGACUCGCUUAUGACGGCGAAUAGGCCAGAAGCAAGCUCUUCGGGACCCCAGUUUUUUUUGUAAUGUCUCCCCUUUAGCAAAUGCUGGUUAAUAUGCGAUCGCCCGCGAUAGGUCUCGGCCGAAGCCGCAACACAAGGCAGAAUAUCGUGCUUUGUCCUUCAGCUAGGCCAAACCGAUUAAACCUCCCCCCGUGACUUUAACUGCACGGUUUGGUCAGUGGAACGUUCAGGCAGGCUAAUAAAGUUUACUAUAUUGCCUUGCAGAUACGUGACUGACACACAACCUACAAUCCUCUUCGCCAUCUUGGCUUUCAUUAUCCCCGCGUCAAAUCCUUUUCGUCUUCGCAGCGAUCCAAAUGAAACAGGCAAGUUAGUUUUUUGAAAAUGCGCUGGCUCAUCUCUUUCUGAAAAUGAAAAAAACGGUAAGAUGCCUACUUUUUCUAAAAAGAAAUCGCAUUUUGCCGAAAAAAUGAUUGGAAAGAAAUUUCCGUUUGUGUGUUUUUUAAUAGUAGGGAAUGUUAACUUGACAGACGCAAGACGAAUCCAGCAAGCAGAAGUAUGACCAAGGCUCCAUCCAGUCAUUAAACCAGUUGGAAACAUUCGUCACCCACGGUGGGAUUCCAACUCACUGCAGCAAACUCAAGACUUGAGUAGUGUGAACGUUCUAACAACCUGAGUUACGAGACUCCCACUGCGAGUCGUCGAGCUUUUCACAAUGUAGUCGGAUGAAAUAUUCAUGUCUGCUAAGAACGAGUAUUGAAAAAACUUCCGUUCUCCAGAUCAGUCAUAAUUCACUGGUCUAACAAAAGGAGAGAUAGCAAUUGGCCAUUACAGCAAAACCAUUACUAUCCGGCAUGCCAUCGGCUACAGGGAUCUGUUAUAAACAAGCUGGGUUAAAGCGGGCAGAAAUUGUAGUGGCUCUUUCUCUUUCCCCAUCAUGAACUUUGAUAUUUCGUGAAAUGAGCAGGCCAUUCCCGGGUAGACUCGUGACGGCUAUACUUUCAAGGUGCAGAGUCCGGUCUCGCAGUUCGCAAUUUUCAAAGGUCGACCCCGAUGAUGGGUUAGGUGAACCGAGAGGUCAUAAGAAAUUCUUAAACUUGCUCCGACAACGGUAUAGAGAAGGACCCCACCAAAAUGUCAGUAGACUGUGGAUCAUGUCAUACGAGGUUUUAUACUGGCACACACUUGCAGGCUGUUGCAAAAAUUAUACUGCCAACAACGAUUACUUCCCAUGACCUCACACACUAACGGAACACCCGUUAUUUUGUGAGGUUUACUUUUUGUUUAUUGUCUAUUUGCUACUGUUAUAUCCGUUGUCGUACAGUAGCGUAGGAUAAGACUUUCGCAUAAAUCCAGGUAAUUUCUGUGUUUUCUUUCAUUUUAUCAGCCUACUGUCUAUCGUGCUGUCCCGCCCACAAAACUCCCUUUUCCAUAAAUCACGUAUAGCACGAUACGUGGAGUGGAGUCCGUCACUAUACCGCUGCCCUUGCUAUUAAGUGUUCGUAUGGAAUGCAAGACGCCAUGGGCAUAUGAAUGAGGUAGAGGCAAUAAAACCACCUCUCCACUUGUUCAUAUUCGUCCAAAGGAAAUUUGGGUUAGAUCGCAGUUGGUAGCCAGACCCCGUAUAACAGGUGGCUGGGGGUUUGCUUACUGGAGAUAUUUUGUGGGUUUCCAUAAUUACAUCUGACCCAACUGGCUUCCGUUUUAGGCUUAAGGUUAGAAUUAGGAUAACAGUUAGUGGUUUCCGAUUUUCGGAUAAGGGUUAUGCAUUUAGACUUAAGUUUUCGGGUUACGGUUAGGGUUUGAGCGUACAAUAAGGUUUCAGUAUUAAGGUUAGGUUUUUCGGUUAGCGCUAUGUCUAAGGGCUGCGGUUCCGUUUAAGAUUUCGGUUAGGGUUAGGGUUGCCCUUAAUGCUAACGGUUAACGUUUAAAGUUGAGGUUAGGGUUAAGGUUAGAAAUAGGGUUGAGGUCGCCGUCCGCUUUCCCAUUCCUGGCUACCAACUGCGAUCCAACCGAAAUUUGGGUCGGACACGGGAAUAAACCCCUCCCCUCGGUAAUAUAAUAUGCCUCUCUAUAAAUUCCAGAGGAAACUAUUCCUGAAUCCUGACUUUAAGCCUAACCCUCCGAACUCCACCGGAAUUUGGUGCAAGGCCACGUGUAAUACGGGGGGAUGGUCAUAAUCGUAGGUUGUUGAGGCGAUCUAGUGUCACGUUUUAGUGGAUCGAGGUGAAGGUUGAGGUAACAUUCCGUGACACAGCCGUAUUUGGACUUGAGGUGAUGGAGUCUAGUGCGUCAAGACAGUCAUGUAGACGGGCUGCAUUCCGCACAAUGAUACAAUACCUAGGGUAAAAUAGGGACUUGUAUGCGGCUCGUUAGACUUCAUCAAUGGCCCAUCAGCCAGUUUAGUUCUUAAUUGUCUUCCAACUAAUUUAUUGCGCAAUCUCUCAGAAAACAAAUUAGUGACACGAUAUUUUACAAUGUUAGCUUCCUACGGUAACAUUCCUACGGUAAACAAUCAUCAGAGUGGGCGCAGACGAUAGAACCUUUCACAAAAAUAGACCCCAAAUCGCCCUUUUUCCAAAAGUGAAGGAGGGAAUAAACUAAGGAAUAUAUUGAAGUGAAAGUUCGGGCUAUGAGACAGAUCCAUUUACCAUUGGCAGUAACUAACAGCCUAUUGAAAUAAUCAUUCCCUUCCGUAUUUCCUAAUAGCCCUUUUUGAAUCCGUUUUGCCAGCAUCUUUCUCACUAUCGUUUUCGCACUGACAUGCUUUAACUACAAAAAUACGGAAGGAAAACUGCUCUCUUGCUUUAUCCUUCAGGACAUACAGGAAUAUUUGACUCACAUUUUGCAAAAAUCCUCUCCAAAACGGAGAGACUUAGAGCGAACGAAAGAAGUGAAGUCGCCCGGAAAACCGAAGAUUUCUCUAUUUUCGAGGGGAGGAGGAGGGAUAUAACUGGGUGCGCGUAUUUGUGCCCUGGCGUUUUAAGUAGGAAAGUGGACAUCUGUCCUUCUAACGUGCAGAGCGUGCUCUCGUCGCCUGACACAUUGAUAGUCAAUGACGAGUGUGAAUGCGAAACGAGUCCCGUUUGUCCGUGAUCCUUAUCACUCCCCGUUCUUGUUGUCUGGGACGGCAAAUAUGGGUCCUACUGUCUCACAUCGUAAAUGGCUUUUGUCAGGUACUGGCGCACGACUGCUGUGGCCGCAGAAAUUUCAGUGGGCAGACUGGAUGGGCUGUCGAUUGAAGGCCCUGUUUCAUGCAGGUGCUUUGGCCUUUGAUUGUCCCCCUGGUUCACCACUUCUACGACGUCGAAAUUGAGAACUUGCUUGUCUGCGUGGAAGGGCUGGCUACCUGUGGCUCGGAGUCUGACCUCUGAACUGUCAUCUUUUGUUCUUACAACCUUGUCCGUAGCUUUGGAGUCUACGAACAACGGCUGACUGCUUGAGGUUAGGAAUGAGUUCUUUAAGGCUCAUUACAAGCCUACGUUAGGUCUGUAGGCGAUUCCUACUUCGAGUGUUACAGGAACUCUAAGCAUUUCUUGAAAAACCUUCGGCGCGCCGAAAGACGCUCUAUCUAUGGGCGAUGGACCUUCGGAGUGGGCUUUCUUGGAGACAUUUGACUCCCCCCACGACUACAUGCAGAUACUGGCUGGCUCUGAGGAAUGCCCGCAGGUGAUUAUUGUUUUCCCACUGGGCCGCUGGUGUUCAGAAGGGAGUUUUGACUAGACGGUGCACUAUAUGUAUGUAUGUUUGGUCGUUGGUAUUGCGAGUCGACCGGAAGGCUCUGCCAGUUCACUGGUGCAGUGGAGAGGGAAGAGAGGGGAAGAGUAAAGCCGAUACCAUGGAACCCGCCGCCAUAGCAUAUCAGUUCAAUCUUCAAUACAACGAACCUGACGCGCUGAGAGUCGGGACGUGGAAGCUCGCCAGCCGACAGGAUAAUUAGUUUUUUUCAGGGCUGACGGUUAGGCUGUAGUGGUUUUCUCGUAGCGUGGCCUUCAUGGCACUCUCGCCCAUGUAGGUCCUGAGUCUCCUUUACCGUAGGCAGCUACAUGUGGAACGGGGACCCGCUCAUGUGUGGCACGCGUAGAGAGGCUGUUCGGCUUUGUCAGUCACUGCUUUCAAGCCAACCUCUGCUCGUCUUCAGGUCGCCUUGACAUCAAAGCAAAGUGGGUGGGAGAGGGGAAAAUGUGACAGACACUGCGCAAGUCUGUCUCACUACGCAGUAAGUGGGCUAACUCAUGAAAUCCCAACAGAAAUUCUGAAAUGCGUUUGCGUUUCGAAAAUUUUACUCAAGUAGGGGUUUAAAACCAAUCAUCGUGCGGCAUAACUCUAUAAUAAGUCAGUUACCUCAAGAUGCCGACUUUAGAAUGAAAUUCUUUCCCGCUGCAUGCACAAAGUACACUCUGCAAAAAAUGACUACUUAAGUAGCAUGAUUUUUUCUCAUUGAUUUUCGAUGCCCCUAAAUGUUCAAUUAUAUUUCCUGAAAAACAUGCAUAAAAAUAUUCAUUCCUUUUGCUCAUUCAGUAGAAACUGACGUUUUCUUCCAAUUUAACACUCGUAAGGACGGGUAUAAUUUGAUUUUAUGAAACUUUUACAAUUCCCCAAUAAUUUUGAACCCGACCUGCCAUUACACUCGCAUUCAGGGUUCCAAAACUACAGGCCAUAUAGCCUCCGCGUACGGAAAACCACAAAUUUCUCAAUGGUGUUAAGAGAAGACCAUAUAGGGUUAUUAAAAUUAAGCAGUGGCUUUGAGCCGCAUUGUUAACUUUAGAAGCCACAUUGGUAAAUGCAGAGGCAUGGCGUUUUAUGAAGGGCCAUUUCAAUGUAUUAAAAAAUCUCACAUUUUGAAGCUUUCUUCAAACCGAAUUAUACUUUUCCUUCAAAUGUAAAGUUAAAAAAAGACGUAGUUUUCUACCGUACGAAUAUUUUAUGUAUGUUUUCCACGAAAUAUAAUGGAAUUUUUAAGGGUAUCGAAAUUCAAUGACAAAAUGCAUGCUACAUAAGUGGCCAUUUUGUACGGAGCAUGUUUUGUGGAUGCAACCGAAAAGACGUUUGUUCGAAAGUUGGCAUUCUGAGCUAACUGAUUUAUUAUAGAAUUAUGUUGUAGGCUGACUAGUUUUACAACUCCACUUAAUUAAUCUUUUCGAAACGGAAACUGAUUUCGGCAUUUCUGUUGACCUUUCAUGAGUUACCCCACCACUGUCAGCUCAAAUUAUCGAGGCCUCGCCCACUUCAUGGGACACUCGGCUGAUGUCGUCGCUUGCGACGGUCAAACUGCCGUAGUAUCGACUGCUGCUAUGACUUAGUAUUGUGCAUCCCAAAAGUCCGACGGGAAAGGCUCCUGUUCCACCUAUUCUGCCCACCUCAUCUCAAUCGAUGUAGUUAGGGAAAAAAUCAGCCAAACUGCUUACUCCCCAUUUAACCUACCUUUUAGAUGAAAACGCCCGGAAGAGGAUAAACGAGAGCAUCGUAACAUGGGAUCUUGUGCAGAGUCGCACCAGUUGGGGUGUCCUUAUUCUCAUGGGAGGAGGAUUUGCCCUAGCUCAAGUUGUUUUCGUAAGUUGUCCAGAAAAACAAUUGCAAACGAUUGGUUACUUAUGCGGUUUUCGUCCGACAAGCACUCCGUCCACCCUUUCUUGUUGCGACCGGUGGGGCGACAAACGGUGCAGAAGCUCCAGUUAGGAGGACGGAUUAGGUGAAGACUUUGGUGUCAUCCCUAAGUUUGUAAGCCAGAUCAAUCGUCAAAGUGCCCCCAAAUCAGAGUGCCUCGAAGUGGCUUCUUGAUCUGCAAAAAGGGCGGAUGCCGGAAAGGCUUCGGUGCUAUGAGGAAAUGCUUUAAGAAACAGAACUACAUCUGAGUUUUUUUGCAGUGGACAUAUGAAUCAGAAAGCAUUAAAAUUCCCAUUGCAAGAUGGGUUAGGGCGAAUUUCGUACACAAGAAAAGAUACUUCUACCUAAUCAUGUUGCGAUUAUGGAUACAAAAUUCCCAAAGACGUUCCUUUCUUUUAAAAUAACGUUAAUUCGUGCGUCUUUUAUUACGUUUUACGCCUGAUGCACCUCUUUCUACUCCUAAAAUUACUUUUUACUUGAAUUUAGGAGUGUCAAUUAGCACCUGAAGUACCAUGAAACUGGAAACCACCCAUAGCACGGGGCGCCUGUAUUUAGGCAGUCCGGUAACCAAUAUAGCUGCCUGUCUAUUGUCGCAUUACUUCGCUGUGGCGCGGACAGUACUGACCUGGUUCAAAAUAUUAACGACUUCAUUUAACGAAAAAAGGAGAAAUUAUAGUCUCUCCUUUCCACUUGAUAUCAACUUUGUUGCUACUCUUAGAUGCGUUCGGUGCUAACCUCAAUGACAGUCAAUCUCUGUUUUUGUUCAGUCAGGACAACAGCAUAACCGACAUAUUGAACUUCGUUUACACUUGAAAAUGUUACCCUGCACGAAGCCCUUUCUGACAAAUCGACUCGGCAAAUCGGACUUUCCUACUGAGUUCAAUUUCGAUGCGAAAAUAAUUUCCGUCUGCGUUGUAAUUAGUCUGCUACAUUUAUGGCAUGUACAAACUAUCUUUCAGCCAUAAUAGUUACUUACACAUGAGGACAGUAGUAGACGGGUAAGGGGGGGGGGGGUUGAUGAGCAUAUAAAUAGCCAACAGCCCGCAUAUAGGGGUUUCACUGACAAUUUUGCGUUAUCUUACAAGCCUCAAAAUGGCACGACUUGGAUCAGGACUGGGAGUCUUAAGGCUGAACGCUGUUCCGUUAAGCGGACAGUGCUCAACCUGGGCUGGUACGAACACCAGGUCCCCUCUCCCACACUUCCGGUGGCCAUCCAGACCAUUCAGUGGGCUGGUUAAAAUGCUGAUUAUAACACAAGGAUCCCCUUCAUACUGAGGUGUCGCAAUGAACUACAUUCCAGCACUCAAGGGAAAUUUUCCGCCUGCGGCUACCAGAAAUUAGAUUUUUCUUACAAUGGUUAAACUGCAUGACUGCAGUCUGACUGUUUGGAGCGAAGGGCGGAAGUUAUCGCCGCCCUAGUCCUCUCCACCGCAUCCUUUCUAAAUAAUGAUAUUGACCGAUCGUUAUACUCCUUUGCUCUCUCUUUUUUCAUGCCCACUUAUACCACAACGCUUAUACGUCUUCUCACUUCCCUAGGUGGGUGAGUUGUCAAAGGUUAUAAGUGCGGCCCUAGACGGUGUUCGAUCAUUUGAGUCGUUCGGUCUCGUGUGCUUAUUUACCUUUGUUGGUGCCACCUUGACCGAGGUAGUUUCCAACUCCGCUACGGUCACAAUCCUCGUCCCCAUCGCCUUUGACUUGGUGCGUCUAUUAAAUGUCUAUAUAUACAUGUACAUAUAUGCACACUAAUCACAUACGCUUCACUUUCUUCAAAUUGUUUAUUUGUAAGAAACUGUGCAACUGUGCGGGAUAGCGACCAGAUGGUCUCAAUUUAGCACGACUAACGAUUUACUAAUGAAGUUUGCCCCUAAAACCGAACACGCGGUAGAUGCGCUGGAACAGCACAGGUACUAGAUCGGCGUCGGAGAAUGCGCACCAAUAACAAAUGCCACCAUUCGGGGUGUGGUGGCAGAGUCAGAUGCCGGAUCAGAUCGUGUCCACAGCAUUUGUUGUGGUAUAAAAUACUGGCGCCUGUUGUGGACCAGGGGGUAUGGUGGAACGUCUGGGUGCGGCUUUAUGCCGUGACAGCCACCUGCGCCUUCGCCCGCCUCCGGUCUUCUUGACUUGAUCAUGAUGCUGGACGCAAGUGGGGGAGGAAGCGAGAAUGCGGUAGAUGUUGCGCAAAUCUGCAAUUACUAUAAAAGAAAUCACGCACAGAUCAUCGUGCCUGCUCUCAUCCUGAUGCAAGGCACACGGUGAACAUCGUCAAAAUCGAAGUCAAACUGUCGUCAUUUAUGAAGUCUUCACGUUACGUCCUUAUUUCCUGAUGUCUUACAAAAGUGCAAAAUACUUUUUCAGUAAUCCUUGCUAGGUCAGAACAGAAAAAUAAUCACUCCUCUCAGUUCGAAAUGCAGGCUGACUUGGUUAUUACGUACCUGCGUUUUGAAGGCGUCUGUAUUUGUUGAUUGAUCUCGGGAAUGAUUCUUUCGACAAUAAUUCGACCAAAAAAGACAAAGUUUAAAGUAUGCCCAUCCUCCUUACUUGCUUGGUGGUAGCUUACGCGGUAAGAUGUGGUGAUGUAGCCCAACCAGAUGGACACAAUACUGUUGGGGUUAGAGUAAGCGGUUAGGGUUAGAGGCCAGGGUUAGGGCUAGGGGCUAAGGCAACAAUUUCUCAACCACUGAAAGUACAACCACGCACUCUCAAUAGCUUUUCUUUUGCAUACAACUACUUGAGUUCGCCGCCUGUGCGUUCACCGACCCCACCUGCAAAAGCCCCAAUUAUCACCGGUCCGUAUUACAGGCGGCUGGAGUCCGUUUACUUCACGUGGGGCUGCAUAACCACAUUUGACCGCUUGGGUCAUGCAGCCGCAGGAAAAGACAACUUAGUAACUUUGAAUAAGAAGGGUUUAGUUCCAUUGUUAUGGUGGAACAUUUAAUCGUAAAGACAAGAUUGAAUGCUUGGACAAUUAAGGCCUUCGUAGAAAAUGCUCAGCCUAGAAAAAGUACACAACGCGAGUGUGCACACCCGUAAAAUCUCAGCACGAUAUGCCCGAAAUAAAGAAAGACCUUUAAUUGUAAAACUGAGAGCCGCUUUGAGUAACCUUUACUCUGAGGUUAACCAAUACAACCAACCUCAACAGUAAUUUUGACCAGUCAAGAGCAACGUCCCAGGACUCCAUGUGGUCCUGCCGGGAGUGGAGGUGCUAAACAUGGCGCGGAGAACUCAUGAUCGCAGUGUUACUGGUGUGGUGGACGACAUCACAUCAAGUUUUGUGUGGCGAAACUGGCGUGCCACAAGCCCUGCUACCUGCAAUCUAUACUUACGUUGUCAUUACCUAAUUUAUUUGGGCUAACGUCGGCUUUGGGUUAUUUACUUUCGACAACACUAUUCCUCACAGUAAAUGGCAUGAAGUACAGUCGUUCAGCUGACGUUUGGCUAUCAACCAAGAAAAGGAUGCAGUUGGAAGUAUGCUUUCCGUAUUUACUUGCUUUGGGGUAGAUUGCGCCAUACAACCGUAUGAGAAUAAACGCACUAGUUAACAUUACUGAAAAUUUACGUUUAUUAACAUGGCACAAAAUUUAAUCGUGGUGACAUACGUUUAUAGGGACUAGGUUCAGUACUUAUACGAUUAAGGGCUUCGUAGCGAACACAGGAUUUAGAAACUUGCACGCUGAUAUGGAAUGGCAUUAUUGGGGUGAUUAUCCCGCUGGUACCGGUUUCACAGAGAUUAUGGGCAGAAUUGAACGAUGAUAGAAUGAUGCUCGUUGAUAGCGUUACGAGAUUCAAUCGUCCAGUUGUGCCUUAGGGCUAUAUCUCGGGCCCAAAUAACAGCCGCACAGCGGCGCGUAAUAUGGGCAGAAUAACAUUGCCGACAAAGACAAGGGGAAUUUGAAUCGCCAUUUCUGGCCUAUCAGCCGUCGGAAGCCAGGCAUACCCAAACCCAUUGUGUGGUACACCUGGGGCUCGAUCAAGCGACCCGCUGGUUAGAAGUCCAACGCCACUAACCACUGAGCCGCGAGCUCAUUUUCUUGUCCUUUGUGACCGGGAAUAUUCAAUGGCAGAGGGACGCUCCUCGAUCGUAUUACGGAACUUACUCGUCCCGUUGUGCCUUAGACCUCUCUCUCGAGCCCAACCAGCAGCCGCACAGCGGCGCAUGAUAUGGGCAGAAUGAUAUUGCCGACAAAGACAAAGGAGACUAGAAUGGCCAUCUCUGGCUUAUCAGCCGUCGUCAGCCAGGUAUACCCGACCCCGAGGGGUGGUACACCUGGAGCUCAAUCCCACGACCUGUUGGCUAGGAGUCCAACGCCCUAACCACGUGAACAAUUGCGCUGGAGUGGUUUCGGCGUUAGCGGGUCCACCGAAUACAGUGCAGUUUGGGGUGGCUGUGUUUUAGUGAAAGCAUUUCUGGCAUUUACUUAAGCUUGAUUAGGCAACGACUGUGGAAUAGGGUUCCAUUUUACGCUCUCCAAGUUGCUUUGGCUUUUAACUCCAGAAGAUAACUGUACUAAACAGAAAAUGUCUAUUUUUAGGCCGAAUCCAUUAACGUCCACCCCUUCCUACUGAGUCUCCCGCUUACCAUUGCAACUUCCCUUGCAUUCAUUCUUCCCGCUGCUACGCCACCGAACGCGAUCGUCUACUCCAAGGGACGUGUUACAUUACUUCAGAUGGUACGCACUGAACUCGUCAAUGCCUCUGAUUGCUUACUUGUUGUGCCACCCGGUUCGUCUCUAAACAGACGUUGAUUGCGAUUCUAUCGUUAUUGACCGACCGACGGUAAUAGUCUUAUUCAUUUAUGAUGGCAAAAAAGUUAAAAGUAUUAAAAUGGUGCCAUGGUGAUCAAAAAUUAAAUAGUGUACAAAAAGGAAUGCUGGUAAACAUUAACCGAUGAUAUUUUGCUGAAAUCUAAUGUCCCUUUUCCUCUUUUCAACAAAAUCUCCCCUCCAGGCGAAGGCAGGAAUCGUCCUAAACAUCGUCACGCAACUUAUUGUCGUUGCAUGUACCAUGACCUACGGAAGGGCUCUGUUCCAGAUGGACAAAAUUCCUUCCUGGGCCUGA